AUGGGAUAUGAUUUGUGCCUGUUUGAGGAUGAAGAUGUCGACGAAGAACUGAUCUGUCCUAUUUGCAGAGGAGUUUUAGAGGAGGCGACUUAUGCUCCAAACUGCGAACAUGCCUUCUGCAGCGACUGUAUCCACGAAUGGCUGGCCAACCAGCGAACCUGUCCUCUCGAUCGGACGUCGCUCAAGAAAGAAGAACUCAACAGCGUGCCGAGAAUCAUGAAAAACAUGCUUGGCAAGCUAAGGGUCAAGUGCGAAAACAAGGAGCAUGGCUGCCAAGAGAUCAUCCGCCUCGACGCCAGAGCAGAUCAUUCAGUUAACUGCGAGUUUAAUCCUAAACGGCCAAUUCGAUGCGAACAGUGUUGUCUCACGAUACCCAAGAAUGAGCUCGACAAUCACAACUGUAUCCGCGAUUUGCGCAAGCAAAUGGCGGUCAUAAACGAUCAAGUAACAGAGCUGAAAAAGUACCAGACAGAACAAAAAGAACGCGACCGCGACCUGAUGCUUCAAAUCAACCAUCUCCGCGAGCUGGUGCGACUCAACCACGCUGCCUCGCCGAGAACACCGAUGCAGCCCAGAAUCACCGAAAUUCUCAACUGGACGGAGAGUCUUCACAGCGCCAGAGUGACCAGAUGGGGUGGCGUCAUUUCUACACCAGAUUCUGUGCUCCAGCGGGUCAUUCGAAGAAGCCUGCUUGAGUCUGGCUGCCCAAAUCAUAUCGUUCAAGAUUUGAUCGAAAACGCUCACGAGAGAAGGUGGCCCAGAGGAUUGUCGACGUUAGAAACGAGGCAAUUGAACAGAAGAUAUUACGACGAUUACGUUACCAAACGAAUUCCUGGAAAACAAGCAGUGGUGGUGCUGCACUGCGAGAAUACACACAUGCCCAUUGACAUGAUUUCUGAUCCAGGAAUUGUGAUGAUCUUCGCGCAUGGUGUUGAAGAUGUUUAA